GAGGGGCUGCGCGCUGACCCCGGCCCCGGCGUUGCGGGGCUGGCGCGGGCUGGGCGCUGUGUGGAGCACGCACUGCCCGGGUCCAGCCGCACCCUCCCUGCCGCCGGGAUUACAGUGAGGUGAUGCUCUAAGCCCCGGGGCGCUUCGGGCGGGCGGUUCUGGCGCUUGGUUUGGAAGGAAUGCGCGUCCGGGCGUCUUGCCCGCCUACUCUCCAUCGAUCGGUCCCGGCACCUGCUGCAGCUUAAGAUCCCAAUGCGUGAAAAUCCACUUCCUAAAACUAUUCCCGAUAGCCUUCGAUGAGAAAAAAAUGCCAUGUGACUGAAUUCAUUACGUGGGAUAUGAAACCUGUCAGUGUGGGCGGAGGGGAACCUGUUAGUAUGUUAAAUUUUAAGAGUAGGUAAGACACCAUCCCUUGCCCCCAGGAAAAAAGAAAGUGAAACAUAGUAAUCGUUUCAAAACAAGUUUCAGCUGUUAAAUUCUACUGAUAGCUGGAUAAUUUCUUGGUUUUAAUAUUAGAAGCAAAACCAUUUAGGAAUUCUUGGGAAAUUCACUUUUUUCCUCAGACUCCCGCCACCUUUUAAAUCUUAAUUUAAAAAAAAAAAAAUCUUAAUUUUUUCCUCAAGUCCCCCACUCCCGCCACCUUUUAAAUCUUAAUUUUUGUCUCUGGGAAAGAAACGGGGAUUGUGAAAUUAGCAUGGAAAUAAGACCUUCAGGUCCUGCACUUGAAUCCCUUAUUAUCUGUUAAGUAGCUGCCUGUGGGGGUGAAAGUGACUUUUGGGGCCUGGAAUUCCAUUUUGAGUUGUGUUCAAAACGAGCAUUUGCUGUAAACAAGGAGAAAGAAUGGGCUGUUCACUGUGGUGAAGUUCGGAAAGCCAAAUAGGAGUUAAGCACAGGUUUAUUUCAUAAUCUCAAUGAGAUUCAAUAUUCCGUUGCCUUGAAAGAGAUGAAAGUUUGUAUUCUUGGAACCCUAAUCGUUUUGUUCUUAAUUCAGCAUUUCGGGAUAUUUGAAAGAGCUUUUAAACGUUUUGGCACUUGCAGGUUUUCUCUCUCCAUUCUAGUGUUUUUGGUACUAGCCAUUAGUUUUGCAUAUGUUCGAUGUCAAAUAUUUUAGUCCAGUAUUUAUCACUGUGGACUAUCCAAAUUCAAAUGUGGAGAUAUUCUAAUAUCAAAAAAUUAGUCCAGUGCAUACAAUUUAGAAAGUUGAAAUGUUUUGACUACUUUGUAUAUCAGUCUUGUUUUUCUUCCCAAAUGUUAAUUGAGAUUUUUUAGCUCAAAAAAGUUUAAAUGAUAAGUGAACCCACAUUUAGUGUAAUAUACAAUGGUACACCUUUUGGAAUACUUAAAAUAGAAAAUCUGUUGAAGAUUUGGGUUAGAUAUUUGAAAUAAAUUUUCUACCUAGUUGUCUUUCUCCUUUUUUUACAGACUUUUCUGUACUACAAAGAAAGAAAAAGUGUCAUACACUCAACCAAAUUUUCCUCUACACAUUUGAAUCUUACUAUUACAGCGUUUUGGUUCUGCAUAAGAGAAUUUUCUGCUCAUUGGGUUGUUUGAAGACAGAGUCUGUGUUUUAUUUGUGUAUCUCUAGUACCUGACUGCUUAACAUGGCGGAAAAACCCCUGUGAAAGUUUGUUGAAUUGGGGUUUUGAAUGGUAGAGGUACAAAAGUUUGGCUUCUUGGUAGCCCAAAAAAGAAAAAAAAGUGCUUUGAAGUUUCCUGUCCUUCCUGCAGUGUUAAGACAGAAUAAACGUGGGUGCCAGAUUCUAAUGGAGUUGUCUGGUCCAGGGAGAUUACCGAGAGGCUGGGGCAUGGGCUCAGGAGUAUCAAGACAGGAGAUAAAUCAUGUGCCUGAAUAAUUCUCUGAAUUCAGUAAUGGGGAACAGUUUUGCUAUUAGGCCCAGGCUAAAUAGGUGACAAAUAACUGAAAUAUAUGAGGAUUCUACAAAUAAUGGCUUUCUGGCUAAAAGAUCAUCGUAAAGGUGUAACUGAUAUUCACAGCGAUUUUAGACCCAUAGAAAACUUUAUUAGGAAGAAUUCAUUAUUAAUGGAGUUUUACACAUCAUAGGAAAAAGCUAUUUUAUAGUCUAACGAUAUGCUUGUUAGGCUAGAUCAUAGAUGUGCUAGAAUGACAGAGUCUAGGCAUUUUAUACACAGAAUAUUUGAAUUCAAUUUUUGAGACCCAUGGUAGGAUGCUCAGUAUUUUUCUGUUUCUCCCAUUGUUAUGAAGUUAGCUGGAGUAGAUUGACGUGUAAAUAUGUUGAUGUCUCACUAAUGAUAACUGUUUUGGAACAAAAUUACUUCUUAGGUAGGAAUGAGGUGAGAAAUCCAAAUAACCUGGAGGCAGAAAUUACUUUCAGGAGCUUUAUCUUACAACGGGUUCAACUAGAUUCAGUCUCUGCUGCAGAAGAGGCAUGUUAGAGACAUGAGGAAGGCCCGAGGGAAAAGGUUGUCCUUUAUUGUUUAAUGAGUUUCAAGCGAGAUCGGGGUAAUUAUAGAUUCUAGAUCUCUAAAGGAAGAAAGAAUAACCAGGGCCUUUCUAGGGAUAAAGGAAAGGAAAUACAUCAUGAUUGACAUGGAGAGGUGCCAAAGCACAUAAUGGACAUAAUAGCAAACCUAAGAGGGAGUAGGGAGGGUUUGAGAGCCCAUUGUGUUCAUUCGUUGAGUAAUUUGUUCAUUCAAAAAUAUUGAACCCCUUUCUGUGUACCAAGCACUAUGCUUGACCCUUGGCAUUUUACAAACAUUUCUUAAGAGGAUAGAGUACUAUGGUGGUUCUGUGAAUUAAAUGGAAAAUGGAAAACUGCUUAUAGGAAUGGGUAAGAUUUACCCUAAUUACUACAAACUAUGGGUAAAGUUGUUUUCAUUUUUAUUCAAAUGCAUUGUGGUGGUUAGUAAUUCCUAAGGCCUACUUCCUAUCGACCAUUUCCUCUUAUCUUUUAUUAUGGAAAAUAACAAAUUAUACAACUUUUAAUAGGGGAUCUGUUUAGUGUGUUACUGUUUAAAGAAAAAUGUUUUGUUACAGAAAUUAUCUUCAUUAAAAUAAAAUAGGCAACAUAUUCUCCCUCUAGGAGACUUCAAGAUUUUUUUUUUAAUGAGAUGCUUGCUGUGACACUUUUAUUUUAAAAUUUAUUCUAUUUUAUGCCCAGUGGUACUUAUAUUUCUUCUUUCUUUAAUGGAGGUAGAAUGUAUAUGUGUUUGUGUAAAAUAUGCAUGCCCAUUUCUUAUGAAAAUAGUUUAUAUCCUGAUUAUGAAGAGUUUUAAAAAUUAAACAUUCACAGUAAGAUUUGUUAAAAACGUCUUAACAAAAGAUGUUUGAAAAGUGGUUCAUCAUAUAUGAGAGUAGAAAAGUAUAUAUUGUUGCAAAGUUUAAAGGCUUUUAUGUGCCACUUUAAGAAGUUUAGAUUUAGCUUGUGGUCUUUCAAGACUUUAAACAAUCUUAAUGUUUAUAAAAUUACGGCUAUUUUAGAAAUAGCUUAAUAUUUAUAAAAUUGUGAUUAUAAGACACUAAGAUAUAAAAUGUAAAUAUUGUAUGAUGAUUAUUUGACUAAGUAUGAGCUAUGGUGGGGAAGCUUCUUAGUGAAUGAAAAUGUUAUCUCAGUGUCUAUUCAGAUUUUAACAUAUAGAUUCUUUUUUUCUUUAUUUUCUCACACUACACAGCUGUAUACAUUAAUUCUUUUUAGGAAUGCAUUUUAGCCAUUUCCCUCAUUCUGUCACUUUAUUAAAUAGUAAUUUAAUCUGGCUGUUUUUUGUUUUUGUUUUUGUUUGUUUUUGAUGUUUAUUCUUCAUGGUAACUUCCUGACAUGUAUUAAAUUGUUGUGGUUUUUUUGUUUUUUGUUUUUUUUGAGACGGAGUUUCGUUCUUGUUGCCCAGGCACUCACUGCAACCUCCACCUCCCAGGUUCGAGCGAUUCUCCUGCUUCCGCCUCCGGAGUAGCUGGGAUUACAGUUUUCAGAUGCUUCAAAUGUGGUGAACACAGACUUGUUUGGAUUAUGCGUUUCUCAGCUAGGCUAAAUAAAUGCUAACAAUGGAUAAGUGCAAACAUGUUGGGCAGUUGCAGCUUGCUCAAGACCACUCCAUCCUCAACCCUCAGAAAUGGCACUGCGUGGACUGCAACACGACCGAGUCCAUUUGGGCUUGCCUUAGCUGCUCCCAUGUUGCCUGCGGAAGAUAUAUUGAGGAGCAUGCACUCAUGCACUUUCAAGAAAGCAGUCAUCCUGUUGCACUGGAGGUGAAUGAGAUGUAUGUUUUUUGUUACCUUUGUGAUGAUUAUGUUCUUAAUGAUAAUGCAACUGGAGACCUGAAGUUACUGCGAAGUACAUUAAGUGCAAUCAAAAGUCAAAAUUCUCACUGCACAACUCACAGUGGAAGCGUUUCACGGUCCUUGGGUACAGGUGAUGAUUCUUACUUCUUACAUGAUGAUGCCCAAUCUCUGCUUCAAAAUGAAGAUCAAAUGUAUGCUGCUCUUUGGCACAGGAGAAGGAUCCUAAUGGGUAAAAUCUUUCGAACGUGGUGUGAACAAUCACCCAUUGGAAGAAAAAGGCAAGAAGAACAAUUUCAGGAAAAAACAGUAGUAAAAAGAGAAGUAAAGAAAAGACAGCAAGAAUUAGAGUAUCAAGUUAAAGCAGAAUUGGAAAGUAUGCCUCCAAGAAAGAGUUUACGUUUACAAGGGCUUGCUCAGUCAACCAUAAUAGAAAUAGUUCCUCUUGAGGAGCCAGCACAGACCCCAGCAUCACCAGCAAAAGAUAAAGUAGUCUCUACCUCAGAAGAUGAAAGAUCUAAAAAAGUCAGUGACUCCUCAGUUAAACGAAGGCCAGUAGUAACUCCUGGUGUAACAGGAUUGAGAAAUUUGGGAAACACUUGCUAUAUGAAUUCUGUUCUUCAGGUGUUGAGUCAUUUACUUAUUUUUCGGCAAUGUUUUUUAAAGCUUGAUCUGAACCAAUGGCUGGCUGUGACUGCUAGUGAGAAGACAAGAUCUUAUAAGCAUCCACCAGUCACUGAUACAGUAGUAUAUCAAAUGAAUGAAUGUCAAGAAAAAGAUACAGGUUUUGUUCGCUCCAGACAUUCAAGUUUGUCAUCAGGACUCAGUGGUGGAGCACCAAAAGGUAGAAAGAUGGAACUUAUUCAGCCAAGGGAGCCGACUUCACAGUACAUUUCUCUUUGUCAUGAAUUGCAUACUUUGUUCCAAGUCAUGUGGUCUGGAAAGUGGGCCUUGGUCUCACCAUUUGCUAUGCUACACUCGGUGUGGAGACUCAUUCCUGCCUUUCGGGGUUAUGCCCAACAAGAUGCUCAGGAAUUUCUUUGUGAACUUUUAGAUAAAAUACAACAUGAAUUAGAGACAACUGGUACCAGUUUACCAGCUCUUAUCCCCACUUCUCAAAGGAAACUUAUCAAACAAGUUCUGAAUGUUGUAAACAACAUUUUUCAUGGACAACUUCUUAGUCAGGUUACAUGUCUUGCAUGUGACAACAAAUCAAAUACCAUAGAACCUUUCUGGGACUUGUCAUUGGAGUUUCCAGAACGAUAUCAAUGCAGUGGAAAAGAUACUGCUUCCCAGCCAUGUCUGGUUACUGAAAUGUUGGCCAAAUUUACAGAAACUGAAGCUUUAGAAGGAAAAAUCUACGUAUGUGACCAGUGUAACUCAAAGCGUAGAAGGUUUUCCUCCAAACCAGUUGUACUCACAGAAGCCCAGAAACAACUGAUGAUAUGCCGCCUACCUCAGGUUCUCAGGCUGCACCUCAAACGAUUCAGGUGGUCAGGACGCAAUAACAGAGAGAAGAUUGGUGUUCAUGUUGUCUUUGAGGAAAUCUUAAACAUGGAGCCCUAUUGCUGCAGGGAGACCCUGAAAUCCCUCAGACCGGAAUGCUUUAUCUAUGACUUAUCUGCAGUGGUGAUGCACCAUGGGAAAGGAUUUGGCUCAGGGCACUACACUGCCUACUGCUAUAAUUCUGAAGGAGGGUUCUGGGUACACUGCAAUGAUUCCAAGCUAAGCAUGUGCACUAUGGAUGAAGUAUGCAAGGCCCAAGCUUAUAUCUUGUUUUAUACCCAACGAGUUACUGAAAAUGGACAUUCUAAACUUUUGCCUCCAGAGCUCCUGUCUGGGAGCCAACAUCCCAAUGAAGAAGCUGAUACCUCUUCUAAUGAAAUCCUUAGCUGAUCCAAAGACAAUGGGACUUUCUUCCUGUGAUUUAUAUAUAUUCUUUUAAAAAGGGCUGAUGUACCAUUUUAAGCUUCAUUUUUUUCUUAUGAAUCAGUGCACACUACAUUUAUAUAUUUUGUAUCUAACUACAACAAAACCUUUUAUUCCCCCAAAGUACAAAUAUGUGUAUAUCAACUUAAGGUAUAGACAGUUGUAUAUACACUGGAGUUGUAUAUAUACUGUUGUAUAUACACUGUUGUGUAUACACUGUU